UUUAUCUUUAAUUAAGCAAUCUAUUAUAUUUUAAUAGGCUUCGACAAUCGAUGGCCGAAGAAAAGGUGCUUGUCUUUUUUGCCAAGAAUAUUUUAUGGAUUUGUAUUUGCUAGCCGAAUUAAAGACAAUUUCUCUCAAGGUAACAACCGUGGACAUGCUAAAGCCGCCACCAGAUUUUCGUUCCAAUUUUGAUUCCACUCCGCCACCCAUUCUGAUCGACCGGGGCCAGGCCAUAUUAGAAAAUGAAAAAAUCGAACGUUACAUUAUGAAAAAUGUGCCUGGAGGGCAUAAUUUAUUUGUUCAGGAUAAAGACACUGCUACUGUGAUUGAAAAUCUGUAUAGUAAAUUUAAGCUUAUGCUCACCCGCAGAGAUGAACAGUCGAAACGAGCGCUUUUGAAUCAGUUAAAGAACAUCGAUGGCCAUCUUGGCAACAAGAAUGGACGCUUUCUAACCGGAGAUACAAUGUGCUGUUUCGACUGCGAACUGAUGCCGCGUCUGCAACACAUCAGGGUAGCAGGUAAAUAUUUUGCCGACUUUGAAAUUCCUCUGGAAAUGAAUAAUUUAUGGCAGUACAUGUACCAUAUGUAUCAACUGGACGCCUUUACUCAGUCUUGCCCAGCAGACCAAGAUAUCAUCAAUCACUACAAGCUCCAGCAGGGCACAAAAAUGAAGAAGCACGAGGAAUUGGAGACUCCGACAUACACCACUUCCAUUCCUGCUGAUGUCGACGUCAACAGUCACUAAAAUUUCUCGAGUCUGUCCGUCAGAAAUAAUUAAUUAAUUAAAAAAAUAUAUAUUUUACCGCAGUUUAUUCAGUUCGAGUCGACAGGACCAAUAAUAAGAAGUUGCAUGCAAAUGAAUCUUAUCGAAGCUCCAAAAUGAAAGUAUUUUGAGAGAUGCUUUAGCGUGAAAUAUAACCUAAAAUAUCCUAUACUAAUUUCUUGCUAUUUUCUUACACUUUUUGUACGUCAGUUUGUAUCAUUUUGUUUGUACUAAAUGUAAAAUCUUUAGUCAUUAUCUACAGUUAUUGGUCAGCAUUAAAAGUUCGACACAGUAUUUUCCUUUUUAUAAUUUUCUAUAUCUUGACAUAAUGACACUUUGAUACUUCUUAAAUAUAUAUGCAUUUCUUUUCUUUUUUUUAAGGACUUUUAUACAUUCAGACCAAUUUUUGUUAGAUUUUUAUAUAGUUUUUUGUUAAAUGUAUUUUCCAUAUGCCUUAGCAUAUUGUAACAAGGCAGAAAGUUUGUUGAAUCUAUGCUGACCAAUUUCCAAUUAUUAUGUUAAUAAAAAAAAUUGUUUUUAUUCA